AAAGCGUUAUUUUCAAUAAAUCAUAUUUCCGAAAGACAAGUGUAGACCUCUUGACGGUUCAAAUCUGCGAUGAAUAAAAAAUACUGACAAAUUAUAGUUGAAUAACAACUCUUUCAGCUGUCUUUAUUAAAGCCACCAAAACUCUGCGUAGAUCCAYACAAACAGGCCAAGGGAUGUGUUUGCUCAAGGGAUUUGUACUAGAAGCGAAUAUAAGYGAUGAAGUAAGUAGAUUUGGUUUGAUCCUAUGGGCUUUGAUUUUUCUAAGAGGAUCCAACAAUACCUUGAUCGCUCGGUAAACUGUUUACAUACACGUUUAUAUCAAUAUUGUUGUUCUUUAGAAGGACAAAAAGCAGAUUUCUGUUGUUAUGUUUCCUGUCUAUCUCCGGCAAUGUUAUGAAUAAACAAAAAAAGAUGAAUAUGUAAGACAUGKCAGAGAAAUUUCAUGGAUGUUUUGUUUCGACUUCAAUUCAUCCAACAUGGCGGCUAGGGCACAAUGUGUAUUCCAAGAAAGUAAAUAAAACGGGAAGACCUGAAAGAAAACAUAGAGGUCUGUGAGAAAUCGUGGAUUGCAACUGCUGAACACAAAAAGGAUCGCUUCGAAUAUUUUACUUUUUCGACGUAACAUAAAGUUGUCAUGGAAAAUGGAACAUUGAAUGGAACAAGUACCGACGCGAGCCUGAGUCCAUUGAUGAUCCUAGAGUACGUGUUGUUCACAAUCAUCUUUAUUGUGGGUGUUGUUGGCAACAUUCUGGUAUGUCUGGUGAUUYUAAAGACACCAAGCAUGCGUAGCACUAGGAAUUAUUUGAUUGUCAAUCUGGCUGUAGCAGAUAUUACAGUAGCGUUAGUAUGCAUUCCUUUUGAUGUCAUUAUAAGAGUGYAUGGUGAGAACUGGAUUCUUGGGCCAGGUUURUGUAAGAUAAUAUGGCCUUCAAUGACACUAGUGACUACUUGCUCAGCGGCAACACUUGCAGCAAUCAGCUACGAUAGAUAUCGAGCUGUGGUGCAUCCAUGGAAACCCAAACUCACUCCAAAACAAACCGUUUUAGUUGUAUUAAUCACGUGGUUGUUCUCACUGUUCAUUGUUCUGCCYUACAUGACAGUACUCAAGUUAAAGAACGAACAAUGCUCCGAAUUCUGGCAAAAAGAUCUAUACCGCAAAAUGUAUACUGCAUUCCUUUUUGUGUUCUCGUACUCACUACCAUUAGUGAUUAUUGCUAUAGCGUAUACUAGAGUAGCAGUGAAAUUAAAACAACAAGCUGAUCGUAUCGCAAGUAAUAAGAAAGCCAGCGGGGUACUCUUGUCUAAAUACACCUGGGCCAAUAAAAACACAGCCACMCCAAUCUCCAAGGAAGACAUCAGCGAGAAUGUGACGUCUUCGCCACGUCAUUCACGUAAGGAAUGCGCAUUGCUUCAGGAUUAUAAUAGUGGUGGUCAUAGCAACGUUACGGCGUCACCCAAUCUAUCUACAAACCCACACAGAGAGGCAAAAAGACUUGAACGAAACACUCGGAUUGUCAAAAUGUUGGUAACAGUUGUGUUAUUCUAUGCUUUUAGUCUGUUACCCAAUCAAGUGGUUUGGAUGUGGAUUGAAUUUGGUGACGGAAACAGUUACUCUAACUUAAGUACAAUAYUAACUUUCACGGGUAUGCUGGUUUACAUCAAUAGUGUUGUCAAUCCCUUCUUAUACGCUGGAAUGAAUGAUGAAUUCAAAAAGGGGUUUGAACGUUUGCUUUGCUGCCAUCGCAGGCAGUCA